UGUGAUGACACUUCGUCACUUUGACUUCAUCAUGAAGGUCGCUGUGCUCCUCGCCCUCCUCGCAGUCAGUGAAUGCAGCAGCAGCAGCGUGGUUGGUCAGACGGGUCAGAACGUCACUCUGCCAUGUAAAUAUGACAUCAAGAAGUACAGUCAGCUGUCAGUCUGCUGGGGUCGAGGAGAAUUACCAGCAUCAGGCUGCAACAACCUGCUGGUCUCCACAGACGGACAAAAGGUGAAAGGAAGAGAUUCCAGUAGGUAUCAGUUACUGGGCCGACUGGACGAAGGUGACGUUUCCCUGACGAUCCUGAACGUCAAGGCCUCAGAUGCUGGACGGUACGGCUGCAAAGUGGAGAUACCGGGAUGGUUCAAUGAUGUCAUAUAUCACUUCCAGUUGAUCGUUGAAGAAGCUGCACAGACGACAACAAGAGCUGGAAACAGAGAGACGUCUACAGAGCAGCCAGCAGCCGAUCCUACAACAGGUCAGCUGACCUCCACAGAGACCCUCCUGACUUCCUCCUCCAGCAGCAUCAAGCUUGAGGAGAACAGCAGCGCGACACUGGUUAGGGUGUUUGUUGUGUUCGGGGUGGUGGCUUUGGUCACGGUUGGCGGAUUCUUCAUCAUCGGAUCUGGGUUCAUCCGCAGGCUCCAAGAGGCCGACCUGCGUGAUCCUGAACAAAUCUAAUCCGGACUAUAAGGUCGCCUAAGACGAGUGUGUGGAGGAGGUGAGACUCUGAGACCUGAGCCAAUCAGAGAGCGGCUCU